AUGGCAAAGCGAGCGGCAGAAUCAGAGCAAGAGCUGGAGGCUAUCAAGAAUGGCGAGCGGCCCAUGGAAGUCGACGCCCAGAACGAGGCAGGCGAAUUCGAGGAUGAGUUUGAGGACGAAUUCGAGAGCGAGGAUGAGAUUCUCGAGGCAGGAGUAGACGGACGGCCAGAUGAGGAGCGCGAGGCCGAAGAGCGCGAAAAUGGCAUGGAUAUCGACAAAGGCACAUUUAUUCCUGGACGUCACAAACUCUCCCCCGGCGAGACGCUGAACCCCGAUCUUUCGACAUACGAUAUGCUGCAUACCCUAGAAGCGCCAUGGCCCUGUCUGUCCUGCGACAUUGUACCCGACAACCUAGGCUCAGAUCGCAAAACAUACCCCGCAACCGUGUACGCAGUCGCCGGCACACAAGCAGCACGGGGAAGGGACAAGGAGAACCAGAUCAUGGUCAUGAAAAUGAGCAGUUUGUCGCGCAUGGAGAAGGAAGACGAGGAAGACGAGGACUCGGAUUCGGAAGACGAGGCAUCCGAUCCCAUAUUGGAGACCAAGUCGAUACCAUUGACGAGCUGCACGAACCGUAUACGAGCACACCAAACACCACAAGCAACAUCCGCGCAACCCCCAACGACUCUCACAGCCGCCAUGACAGAGUCAGGCCAGGUUCUUAUCCACGACGUCACCCCACAUCUCACCUCUUUUGAUACACCCGGCACCACCAUCUCUCCCGCACAAAAUAAACCAGUCUGCACCAUUCGAGCUCACGGAUCAAACGAGGGUUAUGCGCUAGACUGGUCUCCCAUGGUACCAGAAGGCAAGCUUCUCACCGGUGACUGCGCUGGAAAGAUAUUUGCCACGACCAGGACGCAAGGUGGAGGCUUUGUGACUGACACCACACCUUUUACUGGCCAUCGGGGCUCAGUCGAGGAGCUUCAAUGGUCUCCAACUGAGAAGACUGUGUUUUCUUCAGCGUCAAGCGACGGCACAGUCAAGAUCUGGGAUGCUCGAUCAAAAUCACGGAAACCAGUACUCAGUGUCCAGGCCUCCAAGACUGAUGUCAACGUACUCAGCUGGUCGCAUCAGACCGCUCAUCUUCUCGCUUCUGGUGCAGAUGAUGGUGAGUGGGCAGUCUGGGACUUGCGACAAUGGAAGCCAUCUACCGACAUGUCCAGCGACAAGAAGCCUUCGCCUGUCGCAUCUUACACAUUCCACAAAGAACAGAUCACCUCUGUCGAGUGGCACCCUACAGACGACAGUAUCGUCCUUGUUUGCGCCGGUGACAACACGCUCACAUUGUGGGAUCUCGCCGUCGAACUUGACGAUGAGGAGAGCAAAUACACAGCAGGAGUACAAGACGUACCACCACAACUGCUAUUUGUGCACUACAUGGAGCAAAUCAAGGAGGCACACUGGCACCCGCAGAUUCCGGGCGCCAUCAUGGCUACCGGCGGAUCAGGAUUCAAUGUUUUCAAGACAAUUAGCGUAUAA